GGAAAUGGCGCCUUGGAGGCCUUGAGGGGCGCGAGCUAGCCCGCGACAGGAAAAUAAAGGCAGCUGGGCGGGAGGCGCCGCUGCCGCGUCCCCCUCGGGGGCAUCGUCACCGCCUUCCCUCCCUCGCCGGCGCCUCCCGCCAUGGGGCCUCCGCCACGCCCGCGGUUCCUACGGCAACCCUCGGGCCCUCCUCCCCCCCCUCCUGUGUCUCAAGGCGCCGGGACUGGACGGCAGAGGGGAGCCACGCCGGCGGCGGCACAGAACUCUCUCCACUGAAGCUUUUCAGAAGGGUUGGUGGAUGUGACUGGACCAGUGAGAUGCCCAUGAGCAGGAAUUCUACUUUGUGUGGCCCUCCUCUGCUCGGCCUGCCAUGACCGCAUUCUUCACCAGCGUCCCAAACUGGAUUCAAGAUGCAAAGCAGGAGGAGGAGGAGGAGGUGGGCUGGAAACUAGUGCCCAGACCCAGAGCUCGAGAGAGUGAGAGCCAAGGGAGGUGCCAGUAUGAGCUGUCUGAAGUGUCCUUCCCUGGUGUGGAUAAACUGAGAGCCAGCCCAGAGCAGAGGCCUUACUGCUGCCCUCAACUGCACUGUGGCAAGGCCUUUGCCUCCAAGUACAAGCUCUACAGGCACCUGGCCACGCACUCUGCCCAGAAGCCCCACCAGUGCAUGUACUGUGAGAAAAUGUUCCACCGGAAGGACCAUCUUCGCAACCACCUUCAGACUCACGACCCAAACAAAGAGGCCCUCCAUUGCCCAGAGUGCGGCAAGAACUAUAACACCAAACUCGGCUACCGGCGUCACCUGGCCAUGCACGCCGCUGCCAGUGGGGACCUCAGCUGCAAAGUGUGCCUGCAGAUGUUCGAGAGCACCCAGGUGCUGCUGGAGCACCUCAAGGCCCACUCCCGCAGGCCGCCGUCGGGCAGCACGAAGGAGAAGAAGCACCCCUGCGACCACUGCGACCGGCGCUUCUACACCCGCAAAGACGUGCGGCGGCACCUCGUGGUGCACACGGGCCGGAAGGACUUCUUGUGCCAGUACUGUGCCCAGAGGUUUGGCCGCAAGGACCACCUGACCAGGCACAUGAAGAAGAGCCACUCCCAAGAACUGCUGAAGAUCAAGGCCGAGCCGGUGGACAUGCUGGGCCUCCUGAGCUGCAGCUCGGCGGUGGCAGUGAAGGAGGAGCUGAGCCCCGUCUUGUGCGUGGCAUCCCGGGAUGUGAUGAGCAGCAAGAGCUUCCCUGGCAUGCUUCCCGUGGGCAUGUAUGGGGCCCACGUCCCGGCUAUGCCCAGCUCAGCGAUGCCCCACACGUUGGUCCCCAACCCCCUUCCAAUGGGAAUGAGCUACCCUCUGGACUCGUCUUCCCCUCCACAGCCUCCCCCGAAGUACCAGCUUGGAUCUACCUCAUACUUCCCAGACAAAAUUCCCAAAACCGAGGUGGACAGCUGCGUGGCAGAGCUCCCCGGAGGCCUUUCGCUGGUAGCCGGUGAGCCGUCCUCUUCCUCGCCUCAGCCCCCCACCCUGGAGGAGACGCUGCUCUCCAAGAGCCCUGCUCUGCUCUCCGAAGCGCUCUGUGCUGCUAACAUGGACUUCUCCCACCUCCUGGGCUUCCUUCCCUUGAACCUCCCAUCGUGCAACCCGCCUGUCUCCUCGGGGGGGCUAGUUAUGGGUUAUUCCCAGGGAGAGACCCAGUCCCUCCUCACCACCCUGCCGCCGCAGGAGCCCUCCUCGGGAACCACGCCCUCCCUUGGCUUCGGAGCGCUUCACCCGCUGCCCUCGAUGUUUUCCCCGGGCCUGGGUGCCACCACUUUGCCACGUUUCCAUCAAGCAUUCCAGUGAGAGAGCUGGACAAGCAGAGUCUCUCUGGGCGCACAGACGGGACUGCAAACGUGCUCAGAUUCACCGUCUUUCCAGCUUCGGGCUGCGGAAAGCUUCAGGAAGGACUGGAACUGCCCCGUACAUUUCAGUGUAUGCCCCAGUCCUGGACAGGGAGUAGGUUGCAGUGAAUAGAAUUUCAGGUAUUUUUCUUUUUACGUUGUUGGUAAUCAGGAGCCACACUUCCUGCUGAUCUUCACAGGGGUUUUCAGCCUUGCUCCGUGUUAGGAGGAGCUUAAGUCCAGGUCUGUCUCAAAUCGGGGCCCAACCCAUAUUCUGCAGUUCUCUGCCUCUGGUCCAAGUGGCAGAACUUCCCCUUCCUCCCCCCCCCCCUUCUGUGGUUAUUCCCGUGAUGCCGAGCGUGUGGAGUGUGCAAAUCAAACUCUUUCUCUGGAGCCGUUUCCUUGCAAUGUAUUCCUGCAGAAUCAUGUUUACUCAACCAUGUCCCACUAUUACAAAUCAGGUAGUGCCACGGACAGAGUCAGUGUUUCUGGCACAGCUAAUACACUGUUUACACAGUGAAAUCAGGUCGCUCUGGUUUCACCUCACUACUACUUCCAUUUUUUCCCCCGUGGGGAAAAUAAACUGACUUGGAAUAGGUUCAGCUUUUGCCAGCUUA